AUGAGUUCGUUAAAUAUCGAAAAGCAUGAUGUACUAUUACCAAAUCCUGAAGAUCAUGGAAAAUUAGCUUUUGUAUUAUACAAUGUAUUUACACCUGAGGAAUGUUUACAAUGGAUUGAACUAUCAGAAAAACGUGGCUAUACUCCAGCUUUAGUAAAUUAUGGUACGCAUCAAGCUUUAGAUACAAAUUUUCGUAAUAAUGAUCGAUGUAUGAUUGAUGAUGUUAAUAUGGCACAAAUGUUAUUCGAACGAAUUAAAUCAUAUUUACCAAAUAAAUGGAAAACUCAUCAAUUAGUUGGACUCAAUGAACGUCUUCGUUUUCUUCGUUAUGAUCCAGGACAAGCAUUUAAAGCACAUUAUGAUGGUACAUAUUGUCGUGAUGAUGGAUCUGAAAUAAGUUAUAUUACAAUACAACUUUAUUUGAAUGAAGGCUUCAAAGGUGGAGAAACAACAUUUGUUAGUCAUCGAGAUUCAAAUAAAAAUGUACCAUGUAUACCACGUACAGGAAUGGUACUUAUAUUCGAACAUCAUUUACUUCAUGAAGGUUCAGCAUUAAAAAAAGGUCGAAAGUAUACAGUUCGUACAGAUGUUAUGUAUCGACCUUGA